CCGCCGUGGUUUCGGUUGAGCAUUCUUGGCAACGUCUCGCUCAGGGAACAGCAACUGGAGGCUGCUUGUUUUUUUCUUACCGUGACUGGAGACUAAUUUUAAUGCCGCUCGAGUCGCUCUUCGCCGCAAUUUCAUCAAGAUUUUAAUUGGACUUCUAGCAAUCGAAGGAGGAGGUCCAUGAUGGAUCAGUGAAGUGAGUUCUGUAGAAGAACAGGGAUGUUUUUGGGUGUGGUGCCCCUUCCUCUCUGUUUUUUGCAUCCUUCCUGACAUGGGAUGCCAGCCCCCUACCCACCUGGCCUCCAUCUUGCCCUGAGCUCCCUGAGGGCACCAUGAACAGCUACAGAGACAGGGGGGUGACCUGCACCUCCUCGGACCUUCUGGACGGGGUAGGCGAAGGCGGGGUGCUUCAGCACCCGCCGUAUCGCCACCCCCCCAAUGGCCACCUGGUCCAAACGGACGCGACGCUGCAGCCCCGCGUCUCGGUACCCAAAAUGGGGGUCCGCGCUCGGAUCGCCGAGUGGCCCCCGCGUCGGGCCCAGUCCAGAGAGUCGCUGUUUGAAAACGGCCAAAUGAGCAACCACCACAACGGCGACGACUGCUCGGCGCUGUCUUCGGACGUCGGGUUGGUACGAGGCGGAGUGGCCCGGUUGCCGCGGCGCUGGUCCAAAGAUGUUGAGUUCCGAGGCGGAGCGUUCGCGGCUGAGCGAGGUACACCUUUGAACCUCCGCGCCUUCCCCCCGCUGAGGCAACGCUCCAACAGUGAGGUGACGCUGAGUGAACAAGAUGAGAACGAGGCGGAGGUCCGUGGCACGGGAGCGAUGGUCACCUUGUUCAGAGAGUACGGCAGCAGCUCCUCCAUCGACGUCCAGGGCAUCCCCGAGCAGAGCUUUUUCGACAUGCUCACCCAGUUCCACCAGGAGAGGCCCGACCAGCGCAGCUCGGCGCCGUCGCGUCUCAGAGAACUUCUGCGCACGGCCGACUCCCAACCGGCCGGCGCUCCCUCGCCCGCUUCCACGCUCAACGGGGACGAGCGAAGGAAGGACGGAGGUGAGCGGGUGAGGAAGAAAAGCGGCGGCACGGAAUCGUCACUGGGGACCUCGUCCUUGUUCAAGAAGCUUCGGAGCGCCAGCAGGGUGGAGCUGGACAGCGGCAAGGGAGAAACGAGCGAAGACGCUGGACGGGGUUCAUCUGAUGCCCCUUACAAGGCGUGGGUGUGCCCAAAGAGCUUUGUCCAUUACGAUGCACAGAGUAUCCUGUUUGACCUCCACGAGGCGGCAGCUCAACGGGACCUUGUGACCCAGCGGAGGAACACGGCCACUGGGGCAUCUGCCGCCUCCGUGUCUCUUUCCGCGCCCAGGUCCUUGCCUCUGAGCGGUACCGAACCCGUGUACGCCAGCAUUGAGGACUUAACUAUGGGCCUGGACACAAGCACACCUUCCACGGUCUCGGACCCCACGGACGUUCCUCCCGGGGCCAACGGCUCGAGCUCGCUGCUCCUCAGCUGCCCGCACUUCCUUAACGAGAUAGGCGGCCACGGGGAACGUAACAUAAGCUUCCUCAGCUCAUCGGCCGAGCGGGGAGAAGGACGAGGAGAUGGAGUGAGGGGUUGGUUGAGGAGGAGUAACGCCAGCAUCUCCGUGGUGGAGAUGCCCAUUGAACUGCAGGUCACGAGGCUGGAGAGGCUUAAAGAGUACAGCAUAGAGCACGUUGACCUCGGGGCUAGGUACUACAGGGACUAUUUCCACGGGAAAGAACACUUCAACUAUUUUGGUACCGACGAAAAGCUGGGCCCGGUGGCCGUGAGCAUCCGCAGGGAGAAACUAGACGACACCAAAGACCUGAAAGACCAAUACCAGUACCGGCUGAUCGUGAGAACCAGCGAGCUGGUAACGCUGCGAGGAUCCAUCUUGGAGGACGGGGUGCCGUCAACGGGGAGACACGGCACGGUGCGCGGCCUUCCCCUCAAGGAGGUCUUGGAGCAGGUGGUUCCCGAACUCAGCGUCUCCUGUUUGAGGCUUGCGGUGGGCACGCCGAAAGUCACGGAGCAGCUCCUUAAACUGGACGAGCAAGGGUUAAGUCAGAAGCACAAGGUGGGUGUUCUGCUGUGCCGUGCCGGCCAGAGCACCGAGGAGGAGAUGUACAACAACGAGGAGGCGUCGCCCGCCUUCUCUGCCUUCCUGGAGCUGUUGGGCGAGCAGGUGCUCCUCAAAGGUUUCAGCAAAUACGCCGCGCAGCUCGACACAAAGACUGACUCAACAGGCACCCACUCCUUGUACACCACCUACCAGGGCUACGAAGUCAUGUUCCACAUAUCCACCAUGCUGCCGUACAUGCCCAACAACCCACAGCAGCUUCUUCGAAAGAGACACAUCGGGAACGACAUCGUCACCAUCAUCUUUCAGGAGCCCGGAGCUUUGCCGUUCACCCCUCAGAAUAUCCGCUCGCACUUCCAGCACGUUUUUCUCAUCGUCCGUGUGCACAAUCCUUGUUCGGAAAACACCUGCUACAGUGUUGCCGUGACAAGAAUGAAGGACGUGCCGCCUUUUGGCCCAGCCAUCCCAAGCAGCGUCACCUUCCGUGACCCGGACACUUUUCGGAACUUCCUGCUCGCCAAAAUCAUCAACGCGGAAAAUGCGGCGCACAAGUCCGAGAAGUUCCACACCAUGGCGACGCGGACGAGGCAGGAAUACCUGCGCGACCUGGCGGAGAACUACAUCAGCAGCACCCCUUUGGACUCGGCCGGCAAACUCAACAACCUCAUCUCCCUGGCGUCCAAGAAACGCGAGCGCUCGAAAGCGCGGGACGCUGCCGAGCUGGGGGCCGCCGGGGCCGUCGCUUGGAGGGUCCUGGCGCAGGACUUUAGCGGCGGCGGCGCUGAGCUCCGCUGCGCCUUGGGCUUUUCCGCCGAAUACAUCCUCCUGGUGGACUGCUCCACCAAAGAAGUGGUGUUCAACUGCUUCUGCGCCGACGUGAUCGGCUGGACGGCCGAGCGCUUGGCUUUGAAGAUCUUCUACGGCAGAGGCGACCACAUCGCCGUGCGGGUGCUGGAGGGAUGCGCGCAAGACAUCAGGGAAAUGGUGCAGAGGUUGAAGUCACUGACUGUGGGAUGCGAGACGGUGGACAUGACGCUGAGGAGAAACGGACUUGGCCAACUGGGCUUCCACGUGCGCUUGGACGGCACCGUGGCCGAGGUGGAGGAGUACGGCUUUGCCUGGCAGGCGGGCCUGAGGCAGGGCAGCCGCCUGGUGGAGAUCUGCAAAGUCGCGGCGGUGACGCUGACUCACGAGCAGAUGAUCGACCUGCUCAGGACGUCGGUCACCGUCAAAGUGGUUAUCAUCCCCCCGUACGAGGAAGGCGGCCCGCGGAGGGGCUGCACGGAGGAAUAUGAGAUGAAGACAAUGGAGCAGAAGCCCGAAGCUGAGCCUUUGGCGGCGGGCUACCGAGCCUCCCCUCGCUCGGGUUGGCGCUGGGACAGCCCGCCUGUUCCUCAGGGGCUACUCGGCACCACCAACCCGCAACGAUGGGCCCCCAUGGGCCCCCCACUAGCGCCUCCGCCACUGCGUUCCUCCCACAAGGCUUUGAUGCCCGUUCCCUACAGGGAACCUCAGCACUUCAACUCCAAGAGACCGGUCAGCUACCCAGAGAACCACUACAGCAUCUCAUCACCUGCAGGAGGUGAUCGAUUACUCCCAUACAGAAACCCCUCAGCCAGCUUCUCGUCGCCCUCCUCGGGCCUGGUGGGCCUCCCCACCAUGGGGCCACCCGGAAUCUCACCGGGGCCCUUUGUGCGCUACAAACCUUCACCGGAUAGAUAUGGAACAGGACAGCGUGCCCUGCUGCCCUUCGAGCCCCACUUUGGCAUGGACAUCAUGUCCAGCGGAGACUCGUCGUCCGGCUUCACCAGUCAGGAGAGCACCAUGGAUCGCUGCAAAACCGAACCCAUCUGGCAUGUUCCAGUGGUAGCGUCCAGGGUGCAGGCUGUUGCUGGUGGUGGAGGAGGAGGGGGCCAGAGGAGACUCAGACCGGACGUCCAAGGGAAAGACUCCCCAAACAGACACUCAAAGGGUGAGACCCAGUACUCCAGCCCCUCCAGCAGCAACACGCUGUCCAGUAACGCCUCCAGCAGCCACAGCGACGAGCGCUGGUUCGACGGAGGAGCGGCGGGCGACAGAGGAAACGGGGGGUUCCCCAGCGACCCCGCCGAGCCCGAUCCGGAUCACCUUAACAAGGGCGGAUCCAACGACAGCGGCAUCGACGCGCCGGCCUACUACAACAAUCACAACAGUCGCCAGGUUUCGGGCGGUCAAUCCCAUAAGCCUUCGCACGGGUCCAGCCCGUACAACCAGGAGCUGUCCAUGAGAAGGAGUGGCGGCGGGGGGGACGCCAAGAAACGAGAAUCAUCAACCGACAUUUCGGCCACUGCCCGUCAGAACAAAGGGUAUCGCACCCGGACGUUCCCUCCUAAAUCCAGUGCUGAAAAAAUGGACACUUUCAAACCAAGAGCCUACACACCUCAGGGUUACACCACUCCCACGGCGGACAAAGCACGCCCCGUCCGCGCCUCGACCACCACACCCACGUCGGCGCACCUGAGCUCCACCCCUCUUUCUAGCUCCGCCCCCAAAGCCUUUUACGGAAAGAGCAGACAGAGCACCUUGCAGCCCGAAGACGGCAGCCCGUCACCUUCUAACGCAAACACCUCGUCCGGCUCUGACAGCGGCAACAGCAAAAUUCAGGUGGACGUGAACUCGAAGAAUGUGUUUGGACAACCGCGACUGCGAGCGUCUCUGAGAGACUUGCGCUCUCCGCGACGGACGUACAAGAGCACCAUCGAGGACGAUCUGAAGAAACUGAUCAUCAUGGACAACCCGGGAGAGUCUCCGCAGCGGGAUCCGUCUCCCAGGCGCACGCUGCAGCGCACCUUUUCCGACGAGUCUUUGUGCAGCGGUCGCAGGGACGCCAGCUUUGCCAACUCGGAAAACCACUCGGCCCCCGCGGACAUGCUCUUCACGUGCACGCUGCCCGUACGCAAGCACUCUGCCUCCUCCAAUCACUCGCAGACCAAGAAGGUGCCGCUGUCUGCGUCGGAAUUGUCCCUUACUGAGGUGAAAGACAAAGUCCCCCCGCUGAGGAGGCUGGAUCCCGGUCUCAUGCCCCUGCCUGACACGGCCUGCGGACUAGAGUGGUCCAGCCUGGUCAAUGCUGCCAAAGUCUAUGAAGGUUUUCUACUUCCAGCACAAAGAGCCGUGUCGCUCUUCUCGCUGACCGAGACACGUGGAGAAGGCGUGGACAUGAGGCCUGCCAGCAGUCCUGUGCAGUUUCCCACUACUCAGACGCCACGGACCACGCCCACCUUAAGCGGCGACGAGGCGCCCAACGAUUUGUCAGGGCGUCUGUACCAUCUGGAGGUGAUGUUGAAACAGCUCAACAAUGACCUGGAAAAAGAAAAGCACGACAAGGUUGCGCUCAUGGCCGAGAUGGCCAACCUGCGCGAGAACAACAUGCGGCUGCAGGAGGAGAGCGUAACAGCCGGCGAGCAGCUGCGCAAGUUCAACCGACUCUUCGACCACCUGGGCGAGGGCGGGCGCGAUGCACACCCCGCCGUGCACCAGGUGCCGCCCAAAAGGGAGUGAACGCGACCGGAGUGAACUGCCUUAAAACUGGAAACAUCCCCCCCCCCCACCCACCCAAUCCUCCCUCUGAGCCGCUUAUUUUUCUAGGUCUUGGAUGUUUGGUUCCUAUGUUCAAGGAAACCGUUUGAAUCACCUAGAGAGGCCUAAAUACUGUUCCUGCAAUCCAAUCAGGCAAAAACAGCGUGACAGACUACAUCUCCCACAAUGCACUUGAAGUCCCGGAAGCUCGACACAUUCUUAAGUACCUGUUUGACCUGUUUAUAUAAUCUGUAUUGUACUGAUAUUGUUGUUGGAAUAAUUAUUGUUGGAAUA